GUUGCCGUGGUGAAGCCCCUCCGUGCGUGCACGCGCAUUCUCCCUUACUCCUCCUCCUACUUCUUCCUCUCGGCUCCCGUGCGGUUAUGUCCGCUGGUCGCUGCUGCUGCUGCUCGCUGCCCACAAGGUCAACACCUCUCACCGCCAGUCCACCAUGGGUGACUGCUACGAGCUCGGGGCAGCAGCAGCAGUCGUGGUCGUGGCGAGUCGGGCGCAAAGACCGCUGUCGAGGACUUUCCAGUCGAGCCAGGAGUUCACGCCGAUGCAGUUGCCGCCCAGGAUCACCGUGUCGCCUGGACGGUACGAAGCGGCCAGAGCCCGUGUCCCUCCUGCCCCCAGCCCGGAGAGGCCUCCCUGGGGCCGCGAGUCUGGGACCACCGCGGCCAGGGGGCAUCUGCACUACGGCUUCGGAGGUGACCCCGUGCCAAGUGGGAUCCGCAUAGAGCAGUGCUACGAUUUGACUCAGCUCAAGAGGAGCAACCUCCGCUCCAACGACCAACUGCUGCCCAAGCCCCAGGAAUCGCUCCUCCAGCAGCACCAGGUGCGCUGCCCCUUCCCGCGGGAGCACCCCUUCGCCUCGCACGUCUCGCGCCUGGCCCUGCUGCCCUCGUCGGAUGCUCCCGAGCCCCAGGAGGGCAGCCACGCAGGGGCCGGGCAGCGCGCGGCUCUGCCACGGCCCGUCAGGGUCAUCGCCAAGACCAAAGGGGGUCCCUACCGAUACGAGGUCGUGAUGGCAGAGCCCGUGGAGCGGUGCAGCCAGUGGCCAGGAGACCACGGUUUCUACCAGAUGCCCACAGGCCCAGGCUUCCCCAAGGAGGUGUUCUACCCGACGCCGCCAAAGACCGUCGCACCCAACCCUCGGCCACGGGAGACGGCUCCGGGCCCGCGCACGGCCACCGAGGCACGGAACGUGGAGCGCUGCCGCUGGCGCUCCAACUACACACUCAACUUCACCGGUCACGGACCAAUGAAUCCCAUUCUCUUGGAUGACCACCACCUGAAGCUGCUGUGGAGCUUGAGAAGUGGAAAAGCACCAAGCAGCAAACUGGUAGAGAGGUCGCUUCCCAAAUUCUCUCUCGCUCGGCCCGAGCACGGGCGCACGCCUCGCUUCGUCGCGAGCGGCUGGCUCCGAGAUCGCUUCGUGGCGGAGUGUGCGUCUUUCGAGGCCGGCGGAACGAGUGCCACGGCGGAGGAGGAAUCGGUCGACGACUCCCGGCGCCUCGCCGCCCACCUCCACUUUGCGGAUCCGCCGGCGGCGGAGUGCGCCGGGAAGAGUGGUGCCGACGCUGCCGCCGGUGAUGGCACGGCGUACGACCCCGGGGAGGAUGAGGAGGUGGCGGCGGCGGCUCACGGUCUCGGUGGUGAUGUCAGAUACAGCUCGGGUGCCGAAUGCGGCAAAGUGCCCCCAUAUUGCCGGCACCUGGCCGACGCCAACGCAUCCCCCGCGAUCCAACCGCUGACCGGGCAGGGAGUAGAAAGGGCCAUGCCCCUGUCGACCACAGCAGCCGACGCGGCGGAGCCCGCAGUCGCCGCUUAUCAAGACGGCCGGGUUGGUUUCCGUUCGCCGCACGUCACCGGUGGCGAGGCGCCGAACGAGCACGAUAAUCUUGAUCUCGCCUCCCAAAUCCACAAAAACGACGAGAACGCUCCGUGGAGCCGGGUAGGGUGCGAGUGGGGCUCCCCACGGCCGCACUCGGCCCUUGCCGGCGCCAGGCCGGUGCCGGGGCACCACCGGGCGAGGCCGCAGAGCGCCCUGUACCGGCUGCAGGACUCCUUCUCCAGGUCGGACGCCCUGGGGCGGCUGCACGCCUCGUCGGGGAGCGACCCGGUGGACCUGCGCGACCACGUGCGCUCGGGGCGACAGCACCACUUUCACGGCUUCCACUCGUACUACUACCACAACUGACGGACCGCCGACCACCGCAGACAACGGUGCCGCGGAUGGGGAAAACCUUUUGCUGCAUGGCGAACGAAUGCAAAUAUGUGAUACUGGUUUCAAUGCUCUUUACAUUUCCCGCACCUCCGAUUAGCACGGUUGGCUAUGUAUGUCGCGAAAGGAGUUCAACAUACAUACGUUCAGGUUCAGAGGUCACCGGUCAACGUAUCCCAGCACGUCCACUCUCUUGAUGUUCCCGAUGCUGAGCUUGGUCCACUGCUUGAUGACACCGCCUACCCCCUCCAACUCCAUCACGUCCGUGCUUUCCGUUACAUACAAUUACCAUCCAUAAUUAAAGACCUGAAAAUCGCCUUUGGUGGUACUGACGAAGGACGUGCAGUGGUCGGGGUCUGUGGGCUAACAACUCCCCCCCCUCCCUGUGAGCAUGAGCGGAAGUGCUGUUGGUGCAGUGAGCUCCAGUGGUAUACCCAUUGGGAGGGAGCCCUGACCCAUUGCCGAGUGAUUGUCACCUCUACAGAUGUGACACUGGCAUAGACGUUAGGGGUUGCAGGGUCACCUGGCGAUGUUUGUUGCUUAGACCAGACACAUUCGGUGGUGGGUUGUGGGGCUCGGCUUGCUAAUACAUUGUCAGAGUUCCUGAUUUCAAGUCUGGGCAGUCACCGGUGAUUUAAGCGUGUCUUUCGGUGUAGCACUUUUCAACUUGGUCACAAUGACUGCACAGAAAUCUACCCUUACAUUUCAUUUUCAGUCAAUUCAUGUUUCCUGCUCUUUUCAGUUUUAAAGGGAGAUGAUCCGGUGCACCUCGCGUAGACAAUAAGUAUCUUGAGAUGGCACCACAGAAGUCACACUUCUAAAAACCAAUGGAUACUGUCAAUUAUAAACUGAGGGCACUGCCGAAUUGCAUCCUCAGUUCAUUGCGCCACAGAGUGUACAGUACAACAAUAUCUUCGUCUGCAGCCUGGGCUGUAGGAGAAGUUGGGCCAAUGGCAUGCUCAAUUGUACCUCAUUGUACGACUGUGAGACCCAAAAGAUAAGGGAACACAUCUACCAAGAGGUACAAUGCGAGAAGUGUGGAAACCAUGAGGUAUUCCUCCCACGUACAUUUUGUAGCGUUCCUUGAAUGCACUACUGUCCCUUUAAUGUGAUGGCAAUGCACUAACAAGAGAGGGAAUAAGAUUAAAAUUGCAUUUGCACUUUUCAUUUGGUGCUGUGAUUGUGACACUUUAUAAUUUGCAGGAAGGAAUCUGCAUUUUGUAUAAUUAGUGCUGAGUUGUUUUAUGCUAAGCAAAAAAAGAACAUGUUUGACUGUACUAUCGCCUUGCUCAGAGUUGCCGUCUUUGUUUGAAAGCCAAACAGAUAUUAAAUGCUUGCACUGUG